GUAACUCUAGGGAUGAAUUCCCUGGUAUGAAUUCCGUGGGCUGAAUCUCAGGGAUGAAUCCCAGGGAUGAAUUCCCUGGAGCUGAACAGGGUGGGGAUGCUUCACCCUCUCUCUCCCCCCCUUGCAGCCCCUGUGACCCCGACCUCCCCGAUGACGUGGAGGGGAUGAAGCUGAUCCUGCACACCUGGGUGGCUCUGUUCUACAGGAAACCCAGCAAACUCCUCAGCAGCUCCCGCAAGGUGGUGGAGCACAUCAACCCCAAAAAAUUCGUCUCCAUCAACAGCUCCAGCGCUUUCCUGGAGCUCAGUGAUGACAGCCAGGACUGCUUUGGCUUGGAGACGUGUCCUGCAGACUCGGGCUCGGAUCCUGACCAGACUCCCAGCAGCUCCCUGGAUCCCAGCCCCCCUUCCCAGCCCGAGAAAAGCCCCGCGGAUUCCCAGACGGACGCGGCUGUGGACAGCACCGUCUCCUCCUCCUCGGGGGAGCUGCCCUGCAAGGAGGAGGAGGAGGAGGAGGAGGAGCAGGAGCCUUCCUCCACCAGCUGUGCUGAGAGCCUGGCCCUGCAGGAGUGUUCUGGGGAGCAGGAGGAGCCGCCCCAGGAGCGCGCGCGCGGCGUCCGCAGCGGCACCACCGAGGAGCCAGUCAAGGAGCAGCUGCUGGAUGCCAGGGUCACCCCCAGCCCUUCGGAGGAGCCCAGCAAAUCCCUGGAAAAUGCCAGGAGCCCAACCCCGAAUUCCAGCACAGCUCCAUGGACAGACACCCCCUGUGCACCCCAGGAACAGGGGGAGCAGCAGGAAGGAGGCUCAGGAAGUGGCCCUGGCCCUCCUGAGGAUGAGGAGGGAAUGGGAGACUCUGGGAAUUCCCUGGGAGCUGAGGAUGGAGCUGAUCCACGUGAUUCCGCGCCCUCGGAAGGAAAUCCUGGAAGUGCCGAGCCUGGGGGAGCCACAGAGGAAGGGGAGCAGCCCCAGGAGCCCCCUGAGCACUCAGGAGAAGAGAAGAGGAGGGAGGUGAAGGAGGAGCUGGAGGAUGAGCUGUUCUUCCUGGGCGCCGUGGCUUUGGUGAUGUCGGAGAGCAGCGAUACCGAGAUGGAAUGCGAGCAGAACCCGGGCAAAUCGGCGUCUCCAGAGCAGCUGGGGGCUCCUGAAGGGGACCCCGUGCCCAGCCCCACCUCUCUGGCAUCACCCUGUCCCCACAGAUCCUCCCCAGCUCUGUCACACGGGGCCAGGCCCGACCCUGAGGAGACCCCCCCGAAGCAGGACGAGCCCCCGCAUCCCCGGGAUGCUGCGGCCACGGCGGAUUCAGACACCAGCAGGGCUGGAGCAGCCGGUCCAGCCGAGCUGGGCUCACCCCACAGUGCCAGUGGGGAGCUGCUGUGCCCCCCCGAGCCCAGCCCUGUCGGUGGGGCACAGCCUGACAGCGUCACAGACAGCCCAGCACCUGCUGGAGACACAGGGAGCUGCUCAGAGCGGGAAAUGCGGGAUCAGGCUCCCUCUGGGAGCACCGAGUGUCCCCGAGGGCAGGGAGUGGCCCUGAGCCUGUCCCCAGACUCCAGCUCUCCCGUGCAUCCCUGGAAUGCUGCAGAGCAUCCCCACAAGGACAGAGCCCAGGCACCGUCCAAGAGCCACCAGCUGGAUGGGGCUGAGGCUGAUCCCAGCCAGAAUUCCCUGGAUGCUGAGCAGCCAAACCCAGUUGGGAACUGGCUUUUGGUGGAAGAACAGCAGGGAAACCCCUCUGCCAGCUGCAGGGAGGAGCUGGAUGAUCCCAUGGCAGCAGGAGAUGGUCGGGGCUCCCCCUUGGAGUGCACAGACACUGGAGGUGACUGCAGGGCUGAGCAGAGGGAGGAGGAGGAGGCAGAGAACACGGAGAUCCCUGUCCACCAUCACCUGCUGGAGUCAGAGCCCUCCUCCUCCAGCAGGGAGGAGAGCUCAGCCAUCAAGGAGCUCCCCAGGGACUCAGCUCCUGCCUCUCCCGGGGCUGGGGAGGAUCCCGGCGUGCGGGGGUCGGUGCUGUGCCCCCUCUGGACGCCGAGCUGGGAGGGGGGAGCUGCACAGCUCAGCGUGGCUGCCUGGGAUGGCUCCUUCCAUCCCAGCUGCUCCCAGGAGCUGGUCAGACCCCCAGCUCCCUGCUCCCCCGUGGGUGUGUCUGUGUCAGCAGAGCCAGGGUCUGCUCCUCCUUCUCCGGGUGAUCCGUGGCGCCAGCCGGAGGCUGCAGAGCCGGGGUCUCCCCUCCCUGAGGGGCUCCCUGGGCUGCUCCCUCCCAGCCCAGACAAUUCCCAGUGGUCUGGGGGCUGUGGCAGCCCCAGGAGCUGUGACAUCCCUGAGACCUUUGAUAUUCCCAGAAGCUGUGGCAGUCCCAGGAGUUGUGGCAGCCCUGGGGCCUGUGACAUUCCCAGGAGCUGUGGCAGUCCUGGGAGCCAGGCAGGGGACCCCAGAGGGAGCCCUGGCCAGGAGCCUUUCCCCCCUGAGGAUCUGGAAGCAGGCAGCAUUCCCAGCCCUGCCCCUGUCCCAGCCUGGGGAUGUUCCCCUGAGCCCUGGGAUGGGUGUGAGCCCAGCCCCUGGGAUGGGUGUGAGCCCAGCCCCCAGGGAUCCCCAGCAUUCCCUGAUCCUGACUGUGCUCAGGUGGGAGAGGCAGGAAUUCCAGUGUCACCGUGGGAUGAGCACAGGGAUCCCUCUGGAGAAAUCCUGGAGUUGAGCGAUGCUGAGGAUAUCCUCCCGAACCAAGACACACACAAGGACUUGGCCUUGGAAGAUCCCUUGGAGAAUUCCCUUGGUGACUCAGAGCAGGAAUAUUUUGAGGGGAAUUCUCGCUCCUCGUUUCCAAGCAGGAGCUGCUGCAUCGUGAGAUCCGUGGAUGCUGCAGGAGCAAGGACUAACCAGGACAGCUCCUCCAGGAGCUCUCUGCACUCACAGGAGCAGGGCCAGGACUGGGGCCGGGACAUGCCCAGGGACCCCAGGAGCUUUGUGGUCAGCAGGCAGUGCCAGGAGAGGAUGGAGAAUCUCCGGCUGCCCAGGAGGCGCGGCCGCCGCGCCCGGGGGUCUCACCUGGCCCAGUCCCUGCUGGGCACCUGGAGGGGCUCUGAGGAGAUCACCCAGAACACUUUGGACAUGGAGUGUCUGCGCUUCCAUUAUAAGCUAAAGGAAAUCCUAAGGGAGGGCAAACCCCCCUUUUCUACCUCCAACAGCAUCUUCCCAACAUCCCUGUCCCCCACCCCGCUGUCCCCACGCAGCAGGAGCCCCUUGCAGGUGACAAUUCCCCCCUCAGACGCGUGGCCAGGUGGGUUCCAGUGCCACAGGGACCCUGGGGGCAGCAGGAGGGAGGGUGCUGCUGGGCAGGGCUGA